AUGGAACACGCAUGGCAAAUGAGUUCUUUCAUUUGUAAUGGCAAAUGGCCUUUUGAUGAUCUUGGCUGUUAUUUAGAUGACAGUUGGAUUUCUGUUGAUGGUGAUCUAAAUUUUGUAACGGACCCGCUAUUUGUAGUCCAUAAACGCCCGAUAAACGUAUUGUUACAACACAAACGAACCUUACAUAAUCAUCGUUUAGUAGAACAUGCAAUUAUUCCGAUCGUUACCAAUGGACGACGGUCACUGGACCUGACUUGUGAUCGAACAGACCAACCUGACAAGUUACUGAAAAAUUUGCAAGUGGCUGCAAAUAGUUCAGUCAAUAAACUCUAUUUAACAUGUGAAGUUGGACGAACAAACAUACCAGUAACAUCGAAUUAUCCAGUUUGUAGUGACUUGUUGCUUCGCCACCUACGAUCUAUGACUUUUAACUUUGAACCAGACUCAACACAAAACACAGUUCGUAUAAUGAUCGUUGAGCAAAUACUUGAUGCAUCACCAAAUCUUUCACAUUUGGUAACAGCGUGGAAAGACUUUCGUCAUUGUUCAAAAUCAUAUUCAAAUUUGAAACAUUUACGUCUCAUAGUAGAUAGAGUACAUUCGAACGAUGAACAAUAUUUUAAUGUUCAUCAAUUAACUCAAUUAGCACCUCAUCUGCGUUGUCUUGAAACCGGUGGUACAAAUAUUAUGCUCCAUACAGAUUUAGUUAAUUUUGUUUUAGAAAUAAUUCGUGAAUUUCAUCAACUGAUUGAAUUAGCAAUAAACAAAGGUAAUCUUUAUGAAUCUAAAGAACAGAUAAGAAAUACAUUCAAAGAAUCAUUAAUAACAGCUGUUCGUAAUGGAUUAUUUGAUUGUAAUAAUAUUCGAAUUGAUUUGUUUCCGUGA